AUGGUGCAAACUUAUGGAGUGGUGGCGGACGGAAAUGCACAGGAGCCCGCUGAAUAUGUGCAUGGAACAGGUCAUGGAGAGUCGGAGUCGAGCGCGUUGCUGGGCGAGAGUGCAACCGGGACGAAACCCGUACCCCACGAAGGACACGCGACGAUAGGAAGUUGUGUUAGCAACUUAGCGAAUACAAUCAUCGGUAGCGGAAUGCUCACAUUUCCUAUGGCCAUGGCGUCGGCAGGUAUACUACCGGGAAUCAUUACCUGCCUGUUCUCUGGUUCCGUCGCGGUGUUUGGGCUGUAUCUCUUGUCUCUGUGUGCGACGAAAACACCGCACAGACGGGCAUCAUUCUUCGCAGUGGCCCAACUCACUUUCCCGAAAGCCGCGGUGUUCUUUGACGCCGCCAUCGCCAUCAAGUGCUUUGGUGUGUCCAUCAGCUACUUGAUCAUUGUGAAGGGUCUAAUGCCCAGCGUUGUCGCCUCGAUAUUCCAUGACCUAACCUCCGCGGAGACUAAUCCCCCGGAAUGGGCGUUAUCUGGCCGAUUUUGGAUAACCAUCUUUAUGCUUGUGUUGGUCCCACUGUGCUUCUUGAGACGGUUAGACAGCCUUAGACAUACGAGUUAUGUGGCUUUAUUCUCUAUUAGUUACCUUAUCAUCAUCGUCAUCUCGUGCUACUUCUUUCCCCCCAAGGGUUCCACUGAGCGCGGCGAAGUCCAUCUCAUCCAUUUCACACCUAAUUUCGUCUCGACAUUCCCCGUCCAAGUAUUCGCAUUUACUUGCGCUCAGAACCUCUUCCCCAUUUACAACGAAAUCGCCAGUAACUCCCAACGGCGGAUGAAUAUCGUUAUUGGGGCUUCCAUUGGUUCGGCAACGUUGACAUACGAGAUCAUUGCUGUUUUUGGCUACCUCACAUUUGGGUCCAAGGUUGGUGCGAACAUCAUUCAGAUGUAUCCGUCUACAUCGCUCUUUAUUGCCUUCGGUCAACUGGCGAUUGUCAUUAUGGUGCUAUUCUCGUACCCGCUGCAGGUCCACCCAUGCCGCAACUGCCUCGACAAGGUCUUCCAUGCAGGCGUCCCCCCGCCCGCCAAACUCUCAGACGAGGAUGAUGAGGACGAGAACAUCGACGAACUUCCCAGCGCUGACAUGACGCCCAUGAAACACACCCUCCUCACAGCCGCGAUAAUAGCCAGCGGCUUCAUGAUAGCAUAUUUUGUAGAUGAUCUUAAAAUGGUGCUGUCUUUCGUUGGAUCUACGGGAUCUACCACGAUCUCAUUCAUACUGCCUGGUCUGUUCUAUUGGAAGCUUACAAGGAACGACCCCUCGAGCAAAUUCCUUAAUCGGGCAGCUCUCGGUCUUUCGCUGUACGGUGCCUUUAUAUUUGUGUUCUGCCUGAGUUUCAAUAUCUACCAAGUGGUGUACCCCUCGCCCGAGGGCACUGCAGGCCAUUGA